AUGUCCAAGAGACUCAAGAGGGCCCCGCCGUACGAAGACGACCCCGGGUGCAAGUACAUCGUGAUCAGCGACCCGUGGCCGGGGAACAAGUCGGGCAAGGAGCGCGGGGAGAUCUAUUGGAACCUCCUCGCCGCUUGGGUGCGCUUUAUGCUGAACAAGGAGCACGAGGCGAUCUCUGUGUAUUCUGUCAACACGCGCAACGAUGUCAUCGUGCAACUCCCGGAGGAGGCGGACAUCGUGCCCAUACUCGGCGCGCACCCGUGGAUCAAGGUGCUCUCCAGCGGACAUCCCAGGGACAGGGAACGCGUCUCGUACGUGUUCGCGUACGACUAUCGCAUGAAGGGCGAACCAGACAACCAUAACUGGCUGGCGCACUACCCGACCGAAAGCGGAGACCCGCCUGCGCAUAUCAGAUUCCCGGUCAAGUUCCCGUACCCCCAUGUGAGCUGGGCUUCACCGAAAGGCAAGAGCUGUGGGGACCUCGCGCUGCCUAUGCCGCCUAUGCGGCAGCCCACGCCCGUACGAGACAUCGGUCGCUUCACCCCGUAUGAACAUCCGUCGCAAUUGACAUCGAGUAACAUUACCGCCGUUGAGGCCAUCAGCGAUGGGAAAGCACAGAUACAGCGAGACCACCACCAGCAGACGCCUAGGAAACCGGAUCCGUACGCGUCCAGCGAAGAAGCAAUCUCUCUUCGCGCUUAUCGGCAAGAUACAUUAGAUGUCAAACCCGGCGUGAAGCGUGAGGACGGCGCACGAGUCAAGAUGGAGGCGGUCAAGCCCGAGCCGGAACUAUACGGACCAUCGAAGUCAUUCAGGGCCGCCAUCGAAGAAUUGCAACGAGCCCGUGCGGCAGGAGAACCUAUGACCGCGUCUAACGAGCCAGAGAGCAUAGGCAGCGUCAAACCUGAGGAUGAACUGCAUAGAGGCCCUUCGGAUGCCUUGGUUGCAGCGUUCAAUAGCGUGCGUGGUGGGCACCCGUCAGAGAGCCGAACACCUAGCAUAGUCUCAUCAGCUGGAAUAACUAAAGGCGAGAGGGAGGAAACACCGUAUCAACCUUCGGAAGCGUUCGUUGCGGCGAUUCAAGGACUGCGUCGCCCGCCCAGCGCGACAGUUGACGAGCUUCAAGGGAGAUUUUCGAAGAAUAUCUCAGUCAAACCGGAGCAACAAGCCGGAGGUUCCGCAAAGUACACAACGGCGCCAGACGAGCCCGUGGUAAAGCCCGAACCUGGCGACUGGAGACAUGGGACGUCCCGCCGAACGCUGGGAACGAACAACAAUGAUCAAGGUGAUAUUGAACUGUUACGUGUACCUUCCCCUCUGUCUGACUUGCACGAUCAGCACGCUCUUCCCUCAAGCGAGUGA